AGGGGGAUGUAGGAGUUGAGCACCACGGGUUAAUCCGAUUCUUGUUUCAAAACCAUGUUUGUAAGAAAUCAUUUAUACCUCUGCUAUUAAUAAAUCGAAAUAAAGUGUCCUCCGCCAAAGGAACUGAAAACUCAUAACGGUAUGCCUGCCUGCCUGGCCACUUGUCUUUGUUCUGGCACUUCCGCCAGGACACUCUAACGUCGACGUUUUAUAACGCUUGCCCCCGAGAUCCUCUCUCGCAACUCAAAUCCUUAAAACCCUUUUCCUGUUAUAAACCCCUGAAUUGUAAGCCAUUAAUUUAUUACUCACAAGUCAUGACUUCCCUAACUCUGACACUGCCCUCUUCUUCAGCUUCCGCUUUAUUCUCUCUCGAGAAGCCACCAUCUGCUUCUCCGUUACGUCUUAAUAACACCCGUAAAACGAAAACUCUUAAUAAGAAUAGCAAGGUUUGGAGGAGGGGAAUAUGCAGAGCAGAGUUAUCAAACGACGCGCCGUUUGUUAUUGCAAUUGGGACUUGCAUGUUAAGCUCAUUGGUUCUUCCAACUCCGGCUACUGAGGAACGGGAUACUGGUACUGCUCUUGAUUCUACGGAUAUCAGAUAUGCUGCUAUGGGUAUCAUCAGUUUUAUACCCUACUUUAAUUGGCUGAGUUGGGUUUUUGCUUGGCUUGAUACCGGGAAAAGGCGCUAUGCCGUAUACUCUAUUGUUUACUUGAUUCCCUAUCUGAGGUCAAAUUUAUCAUUAUCUCCUGAAGACAGUUGGUUACCUAUUGCUAGCAUUAUUUUCUGCAUUGUUCAUGUUCAGCUGGAAGCAAGUAUCAGAAAUGGAGAUAUUCAGAGAUUUCAAUUAUUUAGUCAGGCUGAAAAGCAUCUUUCUAGGAUGGUUAAAAAGAAAGAAAGUCAUAUGGACGAGCAUCAAGAAAUUGAGGGGAGAAAAAGAGAGGAAGUGAAUUUGCCAUCUGCUGGAGAACAAUCAAGAAAUGAGCCCCGACGGUGGGGAGUUCCUGAAAACCCCUCCAAGCAUGAGGAGCUCUCGAAUGGAGAUAGUGAUGAUGACAAGAAAAGGGAACAUUGGUAAUCCAGCAUUUAUGUUUGAGGUCGCACAGUGACAAUGUGUACCAAACAAGAGUAGCAAAUAGUUAUACCUAUAUGGAUGGAGAAUUGAGAGAGAAAGAAAUAGAUUGUAUGUUUUCAAUUAGAGAACCAAAAAGGAGAGAUUGCAUAUUGCUAUUCCCGACUCCGAACUAGAGAUUUAACAUAUUACAGGAAGACAUUUAAAUUUUUCGUUAA